AUGGCAGCAAUUGUGAAUGAUGAACAAGAAAUUGCGAAUAAUGAACAAGAAAUUAAUGCUCAUAUUGAAAAUAAUGAGAUUGAGAAUAAUGAAAUGAGAGAAGUAGUUGCACCUAGAACUUUAGAGACAUUUUUGCAUCCUAUUCGUGCACCAAAUCCUUCAUGCAUCAUGUUUCCACCUAACAUGCCAAAUUAUGAUUUCAAACUUGGAAUGAUUCAACUGCUUCCCAUUUUUCAUGGCAUGGAAAGUGAAAAUCCUUAUGUGCAUGUUAGGGAAUUUGAAGAAGCAAUUGGCACCUUUUACAAUGUUCAACUUGAUAGGAUUAAUUUCAUCAGGUUGAAAUUUUUUCCUUUUUCCUUAAAAGAAAAGGCUAAAAGUUGGUUGUAUUCAUUAAGGGCUAGAUCCAUAGGUUCUUGGGGGGAAAUGACUCAAGCAUUUUUUAACAAGUAUUUUCCUAAUCACAAGACGAUUGCUCUUAAGCAAAGAAUCUCAAAUUUCUCUCAAAAGGAAAAUGAAACUUUGUAUCAAACUUGGGAAAAAUUUAAAGAGCUUUUGAAUUUGUGUCCACACCAUGGCUUUGAAAACUGGCGUCUUGCUAGUUAUAUCUAUGAGGGACUUCUCCCUCGUGAUCGCCAAUUUGUUGAGUCUAUGUGUAAUGGAAAUUUUAUGCAAAAAGACCCUGAUGAUGCCUUAGAAUUUUUGGAUGAAAUUGCUGAAAAAGCUCAUCAAUGGACUGUCCCCAGUCUAGUUGAAACCACUGAUCGUUCAAGAAUUGUCACAUCUUCUACUAAUAAAGGAAUUUACCAAUUAAAAGAAGAAGAUGAUUGGAAAUUAAAAUUUGAGGUUUUGACUAAAGAGAUAGCUGCUUUGAAAACGGAAAAAUCAAAUUUGCCUCAACCUGUUUUUCAAGCUGAUGUUAAUCAAGAAAUAAAAGGAGCUUAUGAGGAGCGUUGUGCUACUGUUGGAAACUUCAAACAACAGUAUUCUCCUUUUUCCAACACUUACAAUCCUGCAACAAGGAAUCAUCCAAACUUUCGUUGGAGCAAUGAUUCACAAUAUCAGACCUUCUUUGAGCAAUACUCUUCAAGCAUUUAUGCAGGAACAACAGAAGCAAAAUCAAAG